CCUGCCCGCCCACCGCUGCCUGUGCACAUUUUCACAGGCCCCGCUCGGAGAGGGACCUGUUCACCUGUCGCUACCACGACAGAGAGCAAAUUGGGCCAACAGGUCAGCCUGCUCGAGCUGCAGGUUGGGGUCCCCGUCCUGCUGCCUAUGGGAGGCGGGGACCCAGGUCCUGGCUCCUCUUGCUUACCUGGAGUCCACGCACCCUGCUAGCCAGCAGGUGGCAGACAUGGAGGAGGUGACCAUUUGGGAGCAACACACGGCCACCCUCUCCAAGGACCCGCGCCGAGGCUUCGGCAUCGCCAUCUCGGGAGGCCGGGCUGGGCCCAGUGGCUCCGUGGUGGUGUCUGAUGUGGUUCCUGGAGGCCCAGCUGAGGGCCAUCUGAGGCCGGGGGACCACAUGGUCAUGGUGAACGGGGUCUCCGUGGAGAACAUGACAUCGGCCUUCGCUAUUCAGCUUCUGAAGACCUGCACCAAGAUGGCCAAUAUCACGGUGAAGCGGCCCCGGAAGGUCCAGCUGCCAGCCACCAAGCCGGGCGCCCCCAGCCUAGGCCGCCAGGAAUCGGACAAGGAGGAUGCUUGGCAGCAGCAGGAGGAGGCCGAGCAUGGCCAGGGCUAUGAGGGGGACUCGUCCAGUGGCUCGGGCCAGUCAGGCGGGGAGCGGUCCCGCCGGCCAAGGGCAGCGCGCUGGGGUCGGGCCAGCAGCCAGGGCCGCAGGAGUCCAGGGGGUGCGUCGGAGGCCAACGGACUGGCCCUGGUGUCAGGCUAUAAGCGGCUGCCCCGGCAAGAUGUGGGCAUGAAGCCCCUGAAGUCAGUGCUCGUGAAGCGGCGGAACAGCGAAGAGUUUGGGGUCAAACUGGGCAGUCAGAUCUUCAUCAAGCACAUCACAGACUCUGGCCUGGCCGCCCGGCACCGUGGGCUGCAGGAAGGGGACCUCAUUCUUCAGGUCAAUGGGGUAUCCAGCCAGAAUUUGUCGCUCAGUGAUACCCGGAAGCUAAUAGAGAAGUCGGAAGGGAAGCUGACCCUGCUCGUGCUGAGGGACCAAAGCCAGUUCCUGGUGAACAUCCCGCCAGCCGUCAGUGACAGUGACAGCUCUCUCCUGGAGGACAUCUCAGACCUCAACUCGGAGAUGUCACAGGCACCGCCUUCACAUGUCCCACCACCACCCAGGCACCGACGGCGGCGGCGGAGCCCUGAAGAAGCCAGCGAGACAGACUCCCCUGGGGGGAGCCCCGAGCCCAGGCGCGAAAGGUCCAACAAUUCUAGAACUAUCUCAGAACCUGACUCUCCCCGUGGAAGCAACAGUGACAUUUACAGGGUCCCCAGCCGCCAGAGCCUGGAGGCCCGCGGGUACAGCCCUGACACGCGUGUAGUCCGAUUCCCCAAGGGUGCCAACAUUGGGCUGCGGCUGGCUGGGGGCAAUGACGUGGGCAUCUUCGUGUCUGGCGUGCAGCCUGGCAGCCCGGCUGAAGGGCAGGGCAUCCAGGAGGGGGACCAGAUCCUGCAGGUGAAUGACACGCCCUUCCGCAGUCUCACGAGAGAGGAGGCUGUGCAGUUCCUGCUGGCGCUGCCACCUGGGGAGGACGUGGAGCUAGUCACGCAGCGCAAGCAGGACAUCUUCAGGAAGAUGGUGCAAUCGCGAGUGGGCGACUCCUUCUACAUCCGCACGCACUUCGAGCUGGAGCCGAGCCCACCCUCGGGCCUGGGCUUCACGCGCGGCGAUGUCUUCCACGUGGUGGACACGCUGUACCCGGGCCCUGCGCACGGCCUCGCCCGGGGCAGCCUCUGGCUGGCAGCUCGCGUAGGCCGCGACUUCCGGGAGCAGGAGCGGGGCGUCAUCCCGAACCAGACCAGGGCCGAGCAGCUGGCCAGUCUGGAGGCUGCACAGCGGGCCAUGGGCCUCGGGCCUGGGUCAUCCUCUGGCUCCAGUGCCCGUGCGGAGUUCUGGCGCCUGCGGGGCCUUCGUCGAGGAGCCAAGAAAACGAGCCAGCACAGCCGGGAGGACCUGUCAGUGCUGACCAGGCAGGGCCACUACCCGCCCUAUGAGCGUGUGGUGCUGCGUGAAGCCAGCUUUAAGCGCCCGGUGGUGAUCCUGGGGCCCGUGGCAGACAUCGCCAUGCAGAAGUUGACAGGAGAGAUGCCUGAGAAGUUUGAGAUUGCAGAAAGUGUGUCUCGGGCUGACAGCCCCUCCAAGAUCGUCAAACUAGACACUGUGCGGGUGAUCGCAGAGAAGGACAAACAUGCGCUCCUGGACGUGACCCCGUCGGCCAUUGAGCGCCUCAACUAUGUGCAGUAUUACCCGAUUGUGGUCUUCUGCGCCCCUGAGAGCCGGCCGGCACUCAAGGCCCUGCGCGAGUGGCUGGCGCCCGCCUCCCGCCGCAGCUCCCGCCGGCUCUACACACAGGCCCAGAAACUGCAGAAGCACAGCAGCCACCUCUUCACAGCCACCAUCCCCCUGCUCGGGACCAGUGAAUCCUGGUACCAGGAACUCAAGGCUGUGAUCCAGGAGCAGCAGACGCGGCCCAUCUGGACUGCCGAGGACCAGCUGGACAGCCCCUCUGAGGACAACCUGGACCUUCCUGGCCGUGGUCUGGCUGAUAGCUCUGCGGACCUCAGCUGUGACAGCCGGGCCAACAGCGACUAUGAGGAGACAGACGGCGAAGGUGGUGUUUACACAGAUGGCGAGGGCUACACGGAUGGCGAGGGGGGACUCCACACAGAUGUGGAUGAGGAGCCCCCAGCGCCAGCCCUGGCCCGGUCCUCAGAGCCGGUGCAGAUGGAAGAAGAGCCCCCGAGCCUGAGGGAUCAUGGGAGAAUCGCGGCUCACCAUGCUGUCCAGGUGGACAGGUGGCACCCCAAGGGCCAGCCACGCCAGGACAGCAUGCGGACUUAUGAACGGGAAGCCCUGAGAAGAAAGUUUACCAGAGCCCGAGACGCGGACUCCUCAGAUGAAGAAGGCUACGACUGGGGUCCGGCCACUGACCUGUGACCCCACCUGGGUUGCCAGCCUGCAGGCCCUUCCUUUGCCUCUCUGGGCUCAAGAUUCUGUCUCCCACGCAGAGCCUAGAGCCCUCCUGCCGCGCUCUUGGCCUUUAAUAAAUACUAUUUUCACAGCACUGGUUUCCAG